AUGUCUGCGCGAGACACGCUGGCCUUAACCCCCACUACUUAUGAUCUCAUCGCCUUCAAAGAGGACCAGAAAAAGGUCCUCCAACAACUCAACACCUUGAACCGCAAUCUCGAGGGCAUCAUAGCCAUCGGAAACGAAUUCUCCGCAGUCGAGGCCCUGUGGUCGCAGUUCGAGGGCGUGAUGGACUCAGCCGAUGAUGGUAACGUGGAGAGGAGGAGGAGGAGUGGUGGUGGUGGUGAUGGUGGUGUUGCGAAAGAGGACGAAGCUGGGGUAGGAGAGGUGGGAAGACAGGGAAAUCAGAACCUGGACUCCGAACCGGAUCGCGAACAUGUGGAGGUAGAGACGCGGAAUGGGGAUGCGACAUAG